AUGAGGAUAGAGAAAAGCCUUGAGUUUCGAAGUGCUGACCUCCAGGUCUUCGGUACAAGCACCUUGGAGGAGCCGACCGAAGGCUUGCUGAAGAUUAUAGGCAUCAGCAAUGGGAAUUUUCCGCCUUAUCUCAAGUUACCCCGUAACAACUUUAUAAUUGUUGAUCUCCCUACGGUUUCCAUGUCCCUAGCGCUGUUGUUCACAACAUGCCACUUGAACAGUGCUCAUCCGCAAAGACGUUCACCCUACGGUGCAUCCGCUACCGAUCACCGCACAGCAGACGGAAGAGAGAUUGUGAGCGGGAUUGGUCAUCCUUGUUGGGAUUUGCAUACAGCCAGCAUAGGCGUAACAUCCGCGAAAGAGCACAAGAUGGCCAACAAAAGUUUAGCUAUGUCGUCCGCUCCGUUGCAACCGAGAGUGAAUCAGAAAGCAAGUGUUGCACAUGGAGAACAAACCGAACCACAUGCAGUGGUGCGAUUCUCCAGACGUGGUCGCCGUUCCACGGUUCCACCAGAACAGCGAGAACAAAUCAGGCGACUUAAAAAGCAGAACAUGGAGAGACGAAGACGGGCUUGCAUAACAGAUAAAAUGAAUGCUCUCCACAACCUGGCAAUGGAUCUCAUCGGGGAAGAUCCAAAACAGUACCAGAAAACUGAAAAAGCCGAUCUGCUCAAUAUUUGCUAUGCUGUCUUCGAAAAUGUGGUCUCCAUUGUCAAAGAACAGCCAGAAAUUCAACUACGUAUCCAACAGCUGAGCGACCAGUUUCGGGAUAAAAAUACACCAGAAUCCAACCACACCGGUCAGAACACAAUGUCCAUUCAGGCAAUCGGUAAAAGAUGGGAGGAGUCAGAACAGAAGGAAAACCAGAACAAUGAAUCACUUGACCACAUCCAGCCUCUCCGUGAAGAUGUUUCUGCAAUUCGACCAAGCAACACACAUAGACUUACUCCGAUGAGACAAAACCAAACAUGCAAUUCAGCUCCGAAACACAAAUUUCUACCCUUCAUUACGGAUUCACUGGAUAGUGGGAUCUACAACUCUGAUCGAUCGCUUGACCAGUCUGGUGGACAUUUACUCCCAAAUUUUCAGGAUACUUUUUUGUCACCG